AUGUCUCCCAUCCUGCUGUUGUGUGCCUUUCUCUCAGUGAUUUGUCAGACUGAUUCAGUCCCUGAGAAGCCGAAGAGGUCUGUGCUGAACCAGCUGACGCGUACACUGCUGCGUCACUAUGACUGCGGGAUCCGACCCGUCCUUAACUGGACCAGUCCUACCACGGUCUUCAUUGACCUCAUUAUCCAGUCUGUGCUGGACGUGGAUGGACAGAUGCAGAAAGUGACCACAAGCAUCUGGUAUCGGCAAAUCUGGAAAGACGAGUUUCUCGUGUGGGAUCCUGAGGAAUUUGAUGGAAUCACAGAAAUAUCACUUUCCUCAGAUGCCAUCUGGGUGCCUGACGUCAUCAUCAGUGAAUUUGUGGAUGAGGGGAAAUCUCCUGUUAUCCCAUAUGUGUAUGUCAACUCCUCUGGGAUUGUAAAAAACUACAAACCCAUCCAGGUGGUCUCGGCCUGCGACUUGGAGAUUUAUGCCUUUCCCUUUGAUAAGCAGAACUGCACUCUGACCUUCCGCAGCUUGCUCCACUCAGUGGGUGAAGUGGAUCUGGCUCUUUUGAGGAACACGGAGGAAAUCGCCACUGACACCGGAGAGUUCAUGAACAACGGCGAAUGGGAGCUGCUGUCAGUGCCUUCUCAUUACUGGAAGCUUAACUUGGCUAACAAGGAUUACGCACACAUCCAGUUUAAUGUAUUAAUCCGCCGGCGCCCCCUGCUGUAUGUGGUCAGUGUCCUCAUCCCCAGCAUCUUCCUCAUGUUGGUGGAUGUUAUCAGUUUCUACCUGCCACCAAACAGUGGCACCCGCAUCACCUUCAAAACCAGCAUUCUUCUUGGGUACACCGUAUUCAGGGUUAACAUGAUGGAUGAAAUCCCAGCGACAGCCAUCAAAACACCUCUGAUUGGUGUUUUCUUCGCGGUUUGCAUGGCCCUUCUGGUGCUCAGUUUGGCUAAGUCCAUUUUUGUGGUGAAGCUCCUACAUCACAGUCAUGAGGAGGUGAAGGACAUGUCCAUCUCUGCCUGCUUGCUGCAAAAGUAUGGUUCAACUGAGCAGACUUUCAGUGAGAGUCUGUUCACCUCUGUGAGGACGCUGGAUGACAUGGAUCAGUCAGGAGGUGCGGAAUAGGAAAAAUUAGACCAUGUUGUAGUAAGAGCUGUUGAAUUCUCUAACUUGAUUAGGUGGAAAGCAUUAAUAUUCAAAGAAAAAGAGGUAAAAAGAGUGUUAUACACUUUGUGGUUUAUUAGCAAAAAGCAGCUGUUUUCAAGAGAAAACCUUCAAGAGAAAGUGAAGGAAUGACUGUUUAUAGCUGCUGUAAUGUAAGUGAUGACCGGAACUAACUUGUUUCACACAUUAAAUGUAACCAUAAAUGCAAUCAUAUAAAACAUUCCUUUGGUAUAAGAGAAAUAAAACAUCAGGACAUGCUGUUUGAGAAAAUGAAUCACUUUGCAGUGGUAACAGAAACUCAUCUUGGCUUCAGGCCACAUAUGAUCACCUGUUGUUGAUUUCUUUCCCAUAACUGCACAACCCCAUGUGUUUUAUUCCUUACUUCAUGUUUCAUAUUCAAUGCAAAAUACAGCUUAUCUUUUGUUAUCAUACUUGUUUAAAAGGGGACAUUUAGGAUUGGGACGUUUCCAAUUCGUAAAUUUAUAGAAUCGGAUUUUCUUGACUUCAAGGUGGUGCAUUGAUAGAUGGGCUACAACCAGUAUAGCUGAAACAUGAUUUAAAUGGUGUGUUCGUGUACCUAAUAAAGUGUGUGGAUCAGUAUAUUAUUUUCAGGUUUUUUGUGUAUUUACAGUAUGCGUAAUAAUUUGAAAAAUCUAUUGUACUAAGUUGAUUUGUAUUUGUCUUCUACAUACAGGCUAUGAGUUUGAUCUCUCGCCUGAGCCGGACCUGUUGUCUCUGACAGAAACCCAGUCCGGUCCACCACAUCUGGAGAAAAUCUUACAAGAGCUCAUUACCCUCAAACUUUCCCU